UAUAAAUUAACCUCCCUGGCGGUAUUCCCGAGUGUAGCUCGUGGUAAAGUUUCAGUACCACAAGCGGUAACCCCGAGCUACACUCGGGAAUACCAUGCGGCACUGCUCCAGGAUCUGUUCUUCUCUUACCUUGUCCUGAGCUCCCGCGAUGUCCCUCCUGCAGUGUCCCCUGUAAUGUCCUCCAGCGGAUGCCGGCAUCUGUCUUCUGGGUUCCGUCCCCUGCGACCGUCGGGACGUACGGGGGACGGAACAGCGGGAAAUUUGAAAAUGACAAAAAGUGAC